AUGUUGUACUCGUCAGAGCACCCACAAUACGCAAAAUCAUUGCCAGUCGUCCUGGUGACUGGUUCUCUAAUGGGUAGACAGACUGAAAAGAAGAACUUACCGUCAGAGACUAAUAUCAACAUAAAACCUAAGGGUGGUUUUAUGGAACAACUCAAAAGAGUAAAGAGUUUACUUCGAUACAUGAUUCCAAUGUUUCUCGUUUAUUUGGCUGAGUAUCUGAUCAACCAGGGACUUCUAGAAUUGAUUAUAUUUGAUUGCUCGCACAGUUAUGGCAAUAGUCCAGCAAGUCAAUAUCGAUGGUAUCAGGUGAUGUAUCAAGCAGGAGCCUUCAUAUCGCGAUCUUCGCUUAAACUCAUCCAAUUCAAUAUGACUCUCAUCGCUCUCAUGCCAUUACUUCAGGUUUGUUAAUU